AUGGCUGAACAUCAAAAUUGUGACAUCAAGUGCCAUCAUUGUGAAGGAAAUCACAUUGCUACUGAUUACAAAUGCUCAUUAAUUGAUAAGGUCAGACGUCGCUUGAUUGAGCAACUGAGAAAACAUCCCGAAAAACUACCUCCAGACUUUCAGUUAUUCAUACCUUCGGAAUAUCGUAAUAAUAAAUAUGAUUCGAGAAUUAUGCAUAAUGAUGAAGUAUGUGAUCAACCGAAUUAUUAUUAUCAACAAGUUCAAUCCUUUUCAACCAGUGAUCAAAGUACGUGGCCUAUUAGAUCAAAUACAACAAUUUUCAAUACAACAGAUAAUAGUAAUUUGAAUGAAUCAACAAAGAAUUUAUCGAGAGAAAUGAACGAAGCUAAUGAACGCCAUGAAGUUGAAAUGAGAAGAAUUGAAAAGAAGUAUCAAUCGAGUAUGUUUAAUAUUAAUACUGUAUGUUUGAUUAUGCAACAAGCUCAGCAGACGCAACAGACAAUGAUUUUAGGAAUGAACACAGCUGUCAAUCAGACAAUGUAUGGCACAUGUAAAAAAGCGAGCGAACAAUUUCAGACAAUGGCAUUAAAACUGAAAAUACAAUUGAAUGUAAAUGAUUUUGAUGAUAUUAUUAGUUCACUUAAACUUCAAAUUGAUUACAUCGAUGAAAUGCAUAGCGAAUUCUGUAAACACCUAGAAGACCUUCAUAAUAUCUCGAGACUGCAAGGUGGAGCUCUGAACAAAGCGAUGGAUGUUUCAUUUAAUCAUAUUCAUGAAUAA